UCCUACUCCCGCCUCCACACCCCCAUGUACUUCUUCCUCUGCAACCUCUCUGUCCUGGACAUCCUCUUCACCUCAGUCAUUUCUCCCAAAGUGUUGGCCAACUUAGGAUCAGGGGAUAAAACCAUCUCCUUUGCCGGGUGUAUCACCCAGUGCUAUUUCUACUUCUUCCUGGGCACAGUUGAGUUUCUCCUGCUAACAGUCAUGUCCUAUGAUCGCUAUGCCGCCAUCUGCUACCCACUGCGCUACACUGCCAUCAUGAGACCUCCUGUCUGCAUCGGGACCGUUGUGUUCUCUUGGGCGGGAGGCUUCCUCUCUGUGCUCUUUCCAACCAUCCUCAUCUCUCGGCUGCCCUUCUGUGGCUCCAAUGUCAUUAACCACUACUUCUGUGACAGUGGGCCCUUGCUGGCCCUGGCCUGUGCAGACACCACUGCCAUUGAGCUGAUGGAUUUUAUGCUUUCAUCUGUGGUCAUCCUCUGCUGCAUAGUCCUUGUGGCCUAUUCCUACACAUACAUCAUCUUGACAAUAGUGCGCAUCCCUUCUGCAAGUGGAAGGAAGAAGGCCUUUAACACCUGUGCUUCCCACCUGACCAUUGUCAUCAUUUCUAGCGGCAUCACUGUGUUCAUCUAUGUGACUCCCUCCCAGAAAGAAUAUCUGGAGAUCAACAAGAUCCCUUCAGUGCUAAGCAGUGUGGUGACUCCAUUCCUCAACCCCUUUGUAUACACUCUGAGGAAUGACACAGUGCUGGGGGUGCUCAGGGGUGUGAGGGUCAGGGUUCAAGGAGUUUUAGAAAAGAGGAUGAGGAUGGUGCUGAGAAGUAGAUUGUCCUCCAACAAAGAGCACUGAGGAAGGGCUUCCUCUUUGCCACCAUGUGCCUAUUUUAGAAAGCCUUGGUAUUAGAAACAGAGGAGCUGCCUUAGCAAGAGAGAGAGUUAGCUAGGGAAUCCUGCAUAGUCCAUAGUGGAAA